AAAAGGGAGAAUUUAACAAAAAAAAUUACCGAAAUGGAGAAAUUCUCGGCCGUAAAACUUAAAAAAAAGCGAAUAAAUACGAGGAUAGUUUCAUAUUUCUUUAAUUUUAUUUAAUUUAGGCUUUGUAGGUUAUUGGAAUAAAAAUGCUCAAUACUUUUCGGGGCACGUUAGUGACUAGUGUACAAUGUCAGCAAAUAAGGCUUGGCCACCGAAUCAGAGGAAAAGCCCCUAUUUAUUGUCGCACUAUUAAAGAGCGUUUAGACGAAUUGAAUUAUAAAGAUGAAAUUUGCAGAACUAAAAUAGAUAUAGGUCUUCCUAUUCAUCCGACUUCAUCAUCAAAAUUAAGGAAUGAGCGACUGGAGCAUGUAAAAAAGGUAAAAAGUGACAAAACUGUAGAAAAACUUGCACGUGACCAUAAAUUGCAGGUUGACAUGGGUGCAGUCAGAAAAGAAUGGUUGAAAACAUUAGGGCCUUACCACAAAAAAAAUAUUGCUGAUCACUAUGGUAUAUUUGAACAUUUGUAUGGAGAGGGAUAUUUCAUUCCAAUUGUGAAUAUGGACAUAUGUUAUGAUAUAAAUGAUGAAUUAUCAUUGCCUGUGUAUACUGGUAAUGUGAUCAAACCUCAAGAGGCUUUACAGAGGCCAUCUAUCAUCUUUGAGUCUGAUAAGGAUGCAUUAUGGACCCUCGUGAUGACAAGUCUUGAUGGACAUUUAACAGCCAGUGAUAACGAAUAUGUGCAUUGGUUUAUGGCAAACAUCCCUGGUGAUCAUGUCGAAAAGGGAGACACGUUAGUGGAAUAUUUACAGCCUUUCCCAUUAAAAGGAACUGGGUUUCAUAGAUAUGUUUUUGUUCUCUAUAAACAAAAUGGCAAAGUAUCUUAUGACAUACCCAAAGUGACAUCUGCAGCACUUGAGAAUAGGACUUUUGUGACCAGAGAUUGGUAUAAGAAGAAUCAGGAUGCAAUCACUCCUGUUGGUCUGGCAUUCUUCCAGAGUGAUUGGGAUGAAACUGUAAGAGAGUUCUUCCACAAAACCUUGAAUACCAAGGAACCUAUUUAUGAAUACGAUUUCCCGGCUCCAUACAUAAGACCUCAAGAAUUUUAUCCACGCAGAAAACCAUUCAACCUUUAUAUGGAUAAGUACAGAGAUCCAAAACAAAUUAACAAAGAGUAUCUUAUUCGGAAGCUGAAGAAUGAAGAUCCCUUCAAGAAGCCUGCUCCACCACUCAAAUUUCCUAAUGCUCAUGCAUUUCCAAAGGGCAUGCCAUCAUGGUUGAAACUUCAUGAGAGAAAGAUAAGGCUAGGAUGGGGACGGGUCAAUGAUGUCUAAGAAUAUGUAAUGUGUAUAAUAAACUUAGUUGAUUCUUAAUUCCUUAUUUCCUUUCCAGUUAAAAAAAAUCAUUAGUAAAUAAUCUUAUUUUGAUCACAGACUGCAAAGUAGUCCCUGAUAAUAAGAUUAAACAAUACUAUGUUCACGGAAGUGGUCACAAGAGAAAGACGGCUUUGAGGCCACACGAGCGUGGUCUGUGCGUUGUGGCGUUCUACAUAUAAAUCUAAACGACAUGCGACACGAUGCGUUGAAAUGACGGUCGGCGACGCAACGCACAAGUAGAGAAGGGAUCUGCGUUGAAACGACAGAGCGGCGGCGCAAUAUUUAAGAGAGGAGGCGGGCAAUGUUUGCUUCAUACAAACGUUCUUGACUGAUUCCUCCUUGAUUUUUAACAUUGAAUGAUUUUCAUGCACAAAAUAUAAUUUUACUCUUUAUAUGCUCCUAUGUAUUCCUUUUUUCGAUAACUUGUGUUUCAAAGAAACUAAAAGCCCUCAAAAAUGAACUAUUUUUUAUCACCUACCUUUGAACCGCUUUAGUGCUACUAGUGUGGAGAUUCAAUAAGCUUUUACAAAAAAAGGAAAACAUAAAGGCCUGGUAUAACUAUUUAUAAGGCGCUUUGCAGACGGCGGGGCGGAGCGGGCCGGUUAAUUUCGCCGCGAACGAUAGCACAAAGGGAAUCCUAUACUACAAACGCACACAGAGGGCAAAAAAACCGCGCCGCAGGUGCCCGGCGGGCACUGGCGGCGCGGCAUGUCCGCGGCUGCCCGCCCUGGAUCAAACAAACCAGUUUAUAUGCAGUAACGCAGACGGCGGCGCGGGGCGGCUAGCUCGGUCCGCGCCACGCGCUUUUUAGUGAUGGACUAUUCACUAGAAUGAACGUCCUGAACUGACUGCCUCUGCCCGUCGUGUGCUUUGUGUACGCGGCGAGGGCAGCCGCAGACAUCGACGGGCAGACGCGGUUUUAAUUGCUUCGCGGACAAAAGCCCGCCCCGCCCCGUCGUCUGCAAAGCACCUUAUUCUAUGGGUAAGAUUCCUUUUACGCAUAACUAAUUUUUGAGGACGAAAUCGUGGAGAGCCGAACCUCGAAUUUACGCAAUUUUCUGCUUUAGCUGCUAUUGUUCCUAUCGCACGGUAUUUGCCAAUGAGCGAAAGCAAUAGUUUUUUCAAAUACCUAUUUCUCAAACGUCUCAGCUCGCGUCCGCUCUUAAAGCAUAUCAAAGGCGCAGACAGAGCACUCGUGUGGCAUACACUGAGUUGAAAUCAUUGCGUUGCGACGACGCAGCAUCGCAACGCCCAUGUGGCACCUAACGCUUCAAUUUAUCAUAAAGGGGCCGUCCAUUAAUCCCCAGAUGUUUUUUUUUGGGCAUUUUGAAACCCCCCUUCCCCCUUGGUGAUACAUGGUGAUGAUGGAAAGACUACCCCCCAUCCCAUAUCACGUGUUUUAGUACCUACAAAGAUUUUAUUUUAAUGCUAGUGGCCCGCCCUCGCUUCGCUUCGGUGCGGAGCUGUAGUGUAAACUAUAGUUUUUGUUCUCAGGCUUGUGCUACAAACAAUGACUUUAUUUAUAUAAUUACACGUGUUAUUGUGAGUCAUAUGCUGUUGCGGGAUAUUUUUUAGACAAUUUUAUGUAGAAUAUUUUCGUCAUAUAUGAUUUCCAUGUAACUUUAACCAUUAAUGCUGCACACGCGACGGAAGCUUAAAAAAUGGAGUGACUUCUCCCGUUUUCCCUCAAACAUUUGCCCUACGGGAUUCGAACCCAGGACUUUUCUGCAGGUGACAUUUUGGAAACCGGUGUAAACAUACCCACCGACUGUCACCACGAAGGUCGUCAAAUUACAAGGCAAUAUUACCGAGAUAUUGUAUGCAAGUUCCAAUAAUAAUACCAACCACGGAACCUUAGGUUUUCUGUCAUUGACCAUUUUGUAUCAUUGUUCGGUCAUCAAUAGCCCCCCUUUCUCGUGUGACGCAAUUGAAAAUCCUUCUUUUGUAAGUUUGCACUCACUAGGAUUCACCGCCUCCCUCUGCGAAUUUUAUUUUUGUAAAAAGACGUUCUUUUCUCUCAAGGCACCACAUAUCUAUAACUGCCUGCGUAAAAAAAACAUCUAAGCGGUUAUAGGGUAAUAGUUCCUUUCGAAUAUUAAUAGUUUGGAUAAAUGAAAUAUCGAAAUAACUUAUAGAAUUUUAUUAACCA